AUGCGGGCUGCUCGCCCUGAAGCAAAACAGCGCAUCGGUGAUCGGCUGGAAGUAGAGAGUGCUGUAUACCUUCUUAAGAUACAAGACUCAGAUACCUCCGACUGGUCUAGGAGAAAUUUGAUCGGAGGCAGAGCCAAAAUAAUCCGCCGGUUGAUUGAUUUGCUGGACGGAAAUCCAUGGGAAAGCAAGAAUGCUGCCUUGUGCCUUGGAAAUCUCUGCUGUGACUGCCCCAUCAAUCAAGUGAUCAUAGGAACUACGACGAUUGGAACGAGGACGAUAUUUUCAGGGCUUGUCAGGCUUGUGCUUCAUUCCAAAGAUGAAACAACCAAGAUAUUUGCAUGUUUGGCCAUCAACAACCUAGCAUGCAACAUUGAAAAUGCUCAUAACAUCUGCCUCUUUCCAUUCGCUAUCCCCGGUGCGAUAAAGUCAAAAUACAUGAUUGUCAGUGAAUUCUCCGCUGGCACUUAG